UUUCAGGUUCUACUUUUUGGAGUAACUAUUACAACAUGCCACAGUUUGGGACAAAACGAUAAACAUCAUGCUGAGAAUAAUCUCGAAGUUAGCCAUCAUGACCACAGCCCUAACAGCCGCCGAAACGAAUUACCGUAUUUUAAUGAACACAAGAAUUUCUACCCAAGGCCGGUUGGUAGAGUCUAUCAAGGUCGUACGGGUCCCUUACCUCACCUUGAAAGUAGAAGCGGUAUUGGCAUUAGUGGUGGCAUAAGCGCUGGUAUCAGCGGUGGGAUAAAGGCUGGAGUCAGUGGUGUGGGUGGUCUCGUAACUGAAGCUUUGGGAGGCCUUGCAAGCGGAGCAGCAGCCGUUGGUGCGGCACUGGAUGGUACCGUUAACGGUGCUGUUGGAGGUCUUAUUAACGGCGGCGUUAGUGGCGGUGGUGGUAUCAAUGGUUAUGUUCAAGGUGGAGGUAGUGCCAGUGGGUACGUGCAAGGUGCAGGACAUGUUCAAGGUGGUGUCAUUGCAGCAGGUCACGUGCAAGGGGGUGCCAGUGCCACCGGCUACGUACAAGGUGGAGGUAGUGCCAAUGGUUUCGUAAAAGAAAGUGAAACUAUAGAUGGUCUCAUACAAGGUGGUGGCGCCGCCAGUGGAUUUAUACAAGGUGGAGGCGGUGUUAAUAGUUAUGUGCAAGCUGGUGAAACUGCAGACACCAUUGCACAAGGUAGCGCGAGUGCCAGCGGCUUUGCACUGGGUCAAGGCACAGCCGGUGGCUACGUACAGGGCGGAGGCAGUGUAAGCGGCUAUGCACAAGGUGGAGGUAGUGUGGGUGUAGGCGGUGGAGCGGCAGCGACCGGUUUCGUUGUUGGUGCUGGAGGCACUGCAGUCAAUUUAUCCCAUGCUGUAGGUAGCAGCAGUUCUGGUGGUUUUGCAGUAGGCGGUAAAUCAGCAAUCGGGUUUAGCAACGGCAGUGGAACGACGGGAGGAUACACUUUAUUACAAGAUUCAAGUGGUCAACCUAAUGGUGUCGGGUUCUUUGCUGUCCUUCCACAAACCUCAAGUACUGAUGAUAAAGAAAUUCUCACUCGUGGAUAUCUAAGCGGUUAUACGAAUGCUAAUAGUAAUGUAAAUGCUUGGGGUAAAGCUACCAGUCAAGGAAAUGUUAAUGGCUACGUUAACGGUUGGAAUGGCGUCAACAGUCAAGCAAAUGUUAAUAGUUAUGUUAACGGUUGGAAUGGAGGAAACAGUCAAGCACAAGCACAGAGCAAUACUAAUAGCUAUGUGAAUGGGUGGAAUGGUGCCAACAGUCAAGCACAAGCACAAAGCAACGUCAAUAAUUGGGGUCCGGUUAACAGUGAAGCAAAUGCUAAUAGUUACGUGAAUGGUUGGAAUGGUGCCAACAGUCAAGCAGAAGCACAGAGUAACGUCAAUAAUUGGGGACUCGUUAAUAAUGAGGGAAAUGCUAAUAGUUACGUGAAUGGUUGGAAUGGUGCCAACAGUCAAGCACAAGCACAAAGCAACAUCAAUAAUUGGGGACUCGUUAAUAAUGAAGCAAAUACUAAUAGUUACGUGAAUAGUUGGAAUGGUGCCAACAGCCACGCACAAUCACAGAUCAAUGCAAAUAACUGGGGUCCGGUUAACAGCGAAGCAAAUGCUAAUAGUUACGUGAAUAGUUGGAAUGGUGCCAACAGUCAAGCAGAAGCGCAGAGUAACGUCAAUAACUGGAAUCAGGUUAAUAGUGAAGCAAAUACUAAUAGCUACGUGAAUGGUUGGAAUGGUGCCAACAGUCAAGCACAAGCACAGAGCAACGUCAAUAAUUGGGGUAUCGUUAAUAAUGAAGCAAAUACUAAUAGCUACUUGAACGGUUGGAAUGGCGGCAGUAGCCAUGCAAAUGCCGAUAGCCUAGUAAACGGUUGGAAUGGCGGCAGUAGCCAUGCAAAGGCGGAUAGCCAAGUAAACGGUUGGAAUGGCGGCAGUAGCCAUGCAAAUGCCGAUAGUCUAGUAAACGGUUGGCAUGGCGGCAGUAGCCAUGCAAAUGCCGAUAGCCUAGUAAACGGUUGGAAUGGUGGAAGUAGCCAUGCAAAUGCCGAUAGCCUAGUAAACGGAUGGAAUGGCGGCAGUAGCCAUGCAAAUGCCGAUAGCCUCGUGAAUGGUUGGAAUGGUGGAAGUAGCCAUGCAAAGGCGGAUAGCCAAGUAAACGGUUGGAAUGGCGGCAGUAGCCAUGCAAAUGCCGAUAGCCUAGUAAACGGUUGGCAUGGCGGCAGUAGCCAUGCAAAUGCCGAUAGCCUAGUAAACGGUUGGCAUGGCGGCAGUAGCCAUGCAAAUGCCGAUAGCUUAGUAAACGGUUGGAAUGGCGGAAGUAGCCAUGCAAAUGCCGAUAGCCUAGUAAACGGAUGGAAUGGCGGCAGUAGCCAUGCAAAUGCCGAUAGCCUAGUAAACGGUUGGCAUGGCGGCAGUAGCCAUGCAAAGGCCGAUAGCCUAGUAAACGGUUGGCAUGGUGGCAGUAGCCAUGCAAAUGCCGAUAGCCUAGUAAACGGAUGGAAUGGCGGCAGUAGCCAUGCAAAUGCCGAUAGCCUAGUAAACGGUUGGAAUGGCGGUAGUAGCCAUGCAAAGGCCGAUAGCCUAGUAAACGGUUGGCAUGGCGGCAGUAGCCAUGCAAAUGCCGAUAGCCUAGUAAACGGUUGGCAUGGAGGCAGUAGCCAUGCAAAUGCCGAUAGCCUAGUAAACGGUUGGAAUGGUGGCAGUAGCCAUGCAAAAGCCGAUAGCCAAGUAAACGGUUGGAAUGGCGGCAGUAGUCAUGCAAAUGCCGAUAGCCUAGUAAACGGUUGGAAUGGCGGCAGUAGUCAUGCAAAUGCCGAUAGCCUAGUAAACGGUUGGAAUGGCGGCAGUAGUCAUGCAAAUGCCGAUAGCCUAGUAAAUGGUUGGAAUGGCGGCAGUAGCCACGCAAAGGCCGAUAGCCUAGUAAACGGUUGGAACGGCGGAAUUAGCCAUGCAAAAGCCGAUAGCCAAGUUAACGCCAAUAUCUGGGGUCAAAAUAAAUACACAGGUGCAGUAACCAAUGCUGGUGCAAACUCUAACCGCUACGGACAAGGGUAUAGUUAUGCAGACGCCGAUGCCAAAGCAUACGGGUUGGACAAAAGCAAAAGUCACGCAGAAGCUGACGCCAAUACAAAUGGAUGGGGUCCCAGUAAUAGUCACGCUGAAGCUGAUGCCAGCACAAAUGGAUGGGGUCCAAGUACUAGUCACGCGAAUGCUGACGCGACUAUUCUUGGAUAUGGGAAAAGCAAAAGUCACGCUAAAGCUGACACCGGUGUAGACAAGUGGGGCGCCAGCAAAAGUCACGCAAAAGCUGAUGCCAAUACUAACGGAUGGGGUCCCAGCAAUAGUCACGCAGAAGCUGACGCAAGCGCGAAUGGAUGGGGCCUCAGCAAAAGUCACGCAAAAGCUGAUACCAAUGCUGAUCGGUAUGGCGCCAGCAAUAGUCACGCAGACGCCGAUGCCAGUGCAAAUGAAUGGGGCUCCAGCACUAGUCAUGCAAUAGCUGACGCUAAUGAAGACAGGUGUUUCGGAGGCCAUCGUCACAAAAAAUACGGCAUUUAUGGCUACCCAUACGGAUGGCGCCCAUGGGGCCCCAGCAAUAGUCAUGCAGAAGCUGAAGCUAUUGCAAAUGGAGGGGGCGCCGGCUAUAGUCAUGCAGAAGCUGACGCUAUCGCGAAUGGAGGGGGCGCCGGCUAUAGUCAUGCAGAAGCUGAAGCUAUCGCGAAUGGAUGGGGAAAAGGCAAUAGUUUUGCAAAAGCAGACGCUAACGCAAACGGAUGGGGCGCCAGCAAUAGUCACGCAGAAGCUGAUGCCAUUGCAAACGGAUGGGGAAAAAGCAACAGUCAUGCAAAAGCUGAUGCUAAUGCAGACAGGUGGGGAGCCAGCAAUAGUUAUGCAGAAGCAGAUGCUAACGCAAACGAAUGGGGUGCCAGCAACAGUCACGCGAAAGCUGAUGCCAAUACACAUGGAUGGGGCAACAGCAAUAGUCACGCAGAAGCUGACGCCAUCGCAAACGGAUGGGGCAAAAGCAACAGUCAUGCAGAAGCUGAUGCUAAUGCGUACAAGUGGGGAGCCAGCCAAAGUAACGCAGAAGCAGAAGCUAACGCAAAUGGAUGGGGCGCCAGCAAUAGUCACGCGAAAGCUGAUGCCAAUACACAUGGAUGGGGCAACAGCAAUAGUCACGCAGAAGCUGACGCCAUCGCAAACGGAUGGGGAAAAAGCAACAGUCAUGCAAAAGCUGAUGCUAAUGCAGACAGGUGGGGAGCCAGCAAUAGUUAUGCAGAAGCAGAUGCUAACGCAAACGAAUGGGGUGCCAGCAACAGUCACGCGAAAGCUGAUGCCAAUACACAUGGAUGGGGCAACAGCAAUAGUCACGCAGAAGCUGACGCCAUCGCAAACGGAUGGGGCAAAAGCAACAGUCAUGCAAAAGCUGAUGCUAAUGCAUACAAGUGGGGAGCUAGCCAAAGUAACGCAGAAGCAGAAGCUAACGCAAACGGAUGGGGUGCCAGCAACAGUCACGCGAAAGCUGAUGCCAAUACACAUGGAUGGGGCAACAGCAAUAGUCACGCAGAAGCUGACGCCAUCGCAAACGGAUGGGGAAAAAGCAAUAGUCACGCAAAAGCUGAUGCUAAUGCAUACAGGUGGGGAGCCAGCAAAAGUAACGCAGAAGCAGAAGCUAACGCAAACGGAUGGGGCGCCAGCAAUAGUCACGCGAAAGCUGAUGCCAAUACAAACGGAUGGGGCAACAGCAACAGUCAUGCAGACGCUGAAGCAGUCUCAAAUGGAUGGAUCGCCAGCAAUAGUGAUGCGACUGCUGAUGCCGAUACAAUAGGUUGGGGCAAAAACGUAGCGACUCUAACACACAUUCCACUAACUACUAUACCUACUAUUCCACUAACUUUAAGUAAAGGUCAACAGACUCACAUUAAAUUCCACGAUUUACAUCUCGAGCAUGACCACCCAUUGGGUAUGACCACCACGACUUACGCAGAAGCCGACGCUCUCGCCCAAGCGAUUGGGAAAAGUAAAAGUCAUGCAAAUGCUGAAAGCAUCAUUGAUGGAUCGCAUAUCGAUACUUACAAGAUCCCACUCUCUGUUCCCUGUGGUAGCCAUUGCCAUCCUAGUACUGAUCGCUUUAGCUACAACAGAUACGGUAGCGGGUAUGUUGUUGGACCAAUAAAGUCUACCCUAGUUCAUAAAACCACAGGCACCGUGUCUGGUCCUCAUAAGCACCUUCUGAUCAGUGCCUAAUGGAUGAAAAAUAAAGACGUAUCGAACGCAAGGUUGGUAGACAUGGUUGUUUAGAAUGAAGACGAGUGUCAUCAGACUUUGUUCUAUUCUAAUGGUGAACUUGUUUACUAUAAUUUAUUACAUAAACUGCUACUCCUACUAUUAUAUUUUAAUGACUAGACUCAUUAAAUUUCAAACUUGUAUUUGGUAAAUCUCAGUUAGUACAUUUUUUAAGA